UGAAUUAGAAACGUCAAGAAAUAGUUAAAAAAGCCGCAAAGGCCUGUAGUCUUUAAUUUAUUUUAUUGUUAUUUGUUUAAUUAUUGUUAAUAACUACUCUAGAAUAGUUCAACAACCAUAAUUUUAUCUAGUCUUAGAUAUACCCGUUCUAUUUUUACCUUGAAAUUAUGUAGAAUGAGCAAGUUAUGGUGCCAUAAAGUGUUUGAUUGACUGUCCUUUGUUAUGAAAAUUGUAGUUUUUAAUGCUUUUGAGUGAAAAUAUCGGUAGAAAUAGCCAGUGAAACUGUUCUAGAAGCCACUCCGCGUGCACCCGUUCAAACAAAGAGGACACCAAACCAGUUUCCAGCGUCUGGCAACAGUUUUAUUACCACUGUAACAUAAUUUCGUAAUAUCUCGCCCUUUCCCUCUAAAUGAUGCCUGAAUCGACCAGAAUCUGCAUGGAAACCCUUCUCGAAAUACUGAAAAACAAAGAUUGUCAUCCAAAUAGAUUCUAAUACGACGAAGAUGUCGGCUUUAGAGAACAAACAAGUCUGGUCUGGUAUACCCAAAGAAAAUUUGAGUUCCAAGUAUGAAAAAUGUCGGAAUAUAGCCGAGGAGAUAUACAAGAGGAUCGACAUCACCUUCCAGAUCAAGAAACUAGAGACGGGAGCCCAGAGUGAUAUCUCAGAUAACAGUGAUCAGAUAGACAGCAACGACCUGAGCAAUGAAACGGACCUGUUCGCGUGUGACAAGAGCGACAGCAUCCCCAGCAGCGAGGCGGAGCCUCAAGCCCUCGCCGGAGAAGUCCCCGAGAAGUACAUCAACAUCAACAACAACGAGGAGACUGACAGGAAGCGGACAUGCAAGCGUCACCGCAAGAGGUUCAGGAAGCGUGUAAAGAAGCGCCAAUGGAAGCGUGCGAGCGAAUCGGACGCGUCUAGCGACGAAGCCCCAGCUCCAGCGAGGAUCGAGCUCGAGACCCAGCCCGCCUCGCCUGACCACGCUGGCGUUCCCAACAUACUUAUACUCACUAAAGACAUAAAACCAAAAAUACUGUCGUCAGAGAAAAAGCAAGCUAAGACGGACCCGAAGAAGCAUCACAAAGGCAAGACAGAGAAGAAGACAGACACACGCGGGAAGGAGACUGCCGAUGCUGUAGAACAACCUGAGAAGACCAAGGAUGCUCAUACUUGCACCAUGUGUAGUAUGAGCUAUCGCAGCGAGAGAGGAUUGAGGCGACACACAGCCAUAUCACACUGCGUAGUAUCCGAGGAGAUCGCCCGCGAAUUGGAAGGCAAACCUGCCUAGAUGGGAUAAGUACUACUUUUGAUGACAACUUCAAUAGAUUACUUAAUUAAAACUCCCGGUAUUUAAGUGACGCAAGUACCUACGAAUAAUGUCUGGCACCAAUGCCAAGAAAAAAUUUAAAAAGUCAAGACAGAAUUGAAAAAAGAAUUAUAAUUAAAACUAAAACAAAGCAUUUAUGUUUCAAAUGAAAUAGAUUUUUUUAAAUUUUAAACAAGAUAAAAUUAACAUUGAGCAUUCUGUGAAGCUCUGUGACAAGUAUCGCCACAGUAUAAAAUAAGCGUAAAUCUUAAUCAGUGUGAUUAUUGUCGUCAAAUGUAUUUAUGUCAGCCCUACACGUCCCUGAUAAAACCCUUCUUGCCGCGCAAUUAGUAUAAGUUUUUUUUUAAUUGAGGCCUGGAUGCUUGUCUUUUGUGGCAGGUCUUACUCAUUUUUUUAAAGGGUAUAAAGGCUGUCCUAGUUGCAUUAUAAGCCUGUCAUUAAUCUUACCCAUUUUUUUUAAGAUAAUGGCCUGGAAUCAAGUCCUUUGGACCAUUAAUCUUACGCAUCGUAUGUAGCAGUGUUACCAAUUUAGUAAAACUCCUACACAUUUUGUCAAAAUAUUUACCAAUUUUAAGGGACGCGUAGGGUCGUGUAGUAAAUGAAAAACUAGUAUAAAUUAGUAUUCGAAUGUGUUUUUCUUCUCACGCUAGAGUAAGGUUUUAAAAUUAAAUUAAUUAAAACGAUGUUUAAAAAAUACGUGUGAUUGGAAAGAUUGUUCGGGGGAAUGGUGAAUUAUGCCUUGUCACGUCGACCGUAUGAAGUUUAAUUUAUGAAUAGUGAACAUGUCUUUGUUCACGGUUGAAUUGAUUCGUGCGGUUGGUGUGAGGAGUGUAUUAUUUUGUUGUGUUGUAGGUAAUGUUGUUACAUCACACCCACUCGCCAGCUAUGUUUAAGUACCAUGUAAUUUGGAGCGAGCUGGUGCGAGCCUAUUACUCAUCUUUCAAACGGGAUACACUCCACGUUACUCAAUAUUUUAUAACAAUUUAUCACGUAUUUCAGCUGGAAAGUAUGGAGAACUGUCAAAAUUUAGGAACAGUCAACAGUGCUGCCACCUACAUUUGAGCUUCUAGUUUUUAACCUCAUUCAAACUCAUAAAGCCAGAUCAGCUGGUGGAUUUUAUUAUGUCACAAAUUUUUUUAUUAAAUUGCUAACAGCUUUCUUUUAUGUUUGAAGUUUAACCUUUCAAAAGAACGUAAUGUUUCAAAAAAGUUUUUAUAAAAAAGCUGCUCCAUUUAUUUUAUUGUUCUUAAAAAAAUAUGCAUAUAGCAAUGCUCCUACAACACAACAAUAAUAAUGUAGAGUGAAGCAGGGUCCAAUAUCUGUGAUGUAUGGCACUAUGUGAUUGUAGGUUAGCACAGCGACAAAUGGGGGUAGACAGAUAGUUAAAAAAGAUAAAAAAAAAUUGAGAAGCGACCGUCUGUGAGUACAAAAUUCUAUUAAAAAUAAGUCUUUUAAAAUCCGUAGUGUAAUAGUUGAUAGAUUUUCGGAAAAAAUGUUUUUAAAUGUUGAAUUUUGGAUGUGUAGAAAAGGAUGUUGUGGUAAAAAUAGUUUUAAUUUUUUGUCUAUGGUAAGAUUUGAAAUUGGAACGACAGUUGUAAAAAAAUGUGCUUCGGAAUUUUUAUGUGGCUCAAAGAGUUUUUUGAAUUUAGAAUAAGAAAUUGGAUGUCUUAAAUGUUAAGUGUUCGUCGGAAUAUAUCUGGCUGUCCUUUAAAGGGUAGGCAGAGACCGAUUCGGUCUUUUUCUUCUUUAUAGAAUAUGGCGAACAGAGGGUCUAAAAAGGCCAUAUAAAAGCAAUUUGACAUUUGCGCAUAUAAAAGUAAGUGCACAAUGCCCACAAAUGUCAAACAGCAAUAUUGCUUUUUUUAGGUAAAUUGCUUCAAUGUGGCCUUUUUAACCCCCCAGUUAUGUAAUUUUAAAGGAAUACAUUUUUUCAUAUAUUUUUAAGGGUGCUAAAAUGACACUUUUUUUAAUUUCUAAAAUGGAAAAAGUGUGGUUAUUCUAUCUUUUAAUGACUAUUUCGCAAGCAAUCUUUGGAGUUCCGCCGCAGAAAUGGCUAAAGCGGAACAUUUAUAUUUUUUAAACUUAAAAAAAAUCGUUUGAAUUACUUUGAUGGUACUAGUCAAGGUUCAAGCGGUAUUGUCUAUCUACGAUUCUGAGUUUUAAAACUAUCAAGGAUAAGAUAUGUAUUUAUUGUAGUUAAGUUUUAAAAACUAUCUUCUGCAUCUCCCGUUACUUGACCUGAAGAUUUGACAGGUCCGGUUUUUGACAGGUCCGGGAUUUGCCUUGUACACAUGUUCGAAGUAUUAAAUUAAAAAUAGUUUAAUGACAGAUUUUUUUACCACGAUUACAAUUUGAGUGUCUAUUUCAUGGUUUUGUUUGCAAAAAUCACAACUGUAUGUUAUUUUUCAAAAAGUGGCGCUUACUUUCACUAUCUACUGUACUAUAGUAUGCACUUGUGUUGUACUUAGAUUGCACCGGCAAUCUUUGAAUUUUUACAUAUUUCCUCGCCUUAUGGUUGUUCGCCAUUUGCCAUGUACCUAGUUAAGUCUCUUUUACGAAUUUGUAUUGCAUUGUAGGUUGUGAGGUCUAUGACCAACCUCAUCAACCCUGGUGUCAGGGUUACUAUUGAGCAGGCAACGGCCCCUGACAUGACUCACUGAGGUAAAUAGUAGCAAGGACCGACGUAAUAACUUGCCCGCGGAAGCACGGGCCAUCUUGCUUUCGGGACUCGAACCCGGUACCUCCGGAUAGUGAGACCACGAAGGCCAUUUUCACUACAGAACGAUGAUAUUUAAAACUCAGAAUUGUGGUUAGAUUAUAACAGAACAUAUCAAAGUUAUAUCUACGAGUAUAUUUCUGCAUUCAUUUCAAAGCAUUUCGUUUUGUGCAUGCCAGUUGCUUAUUAUUUCUUUUGACGCUGACUUUGACUCAGUAGAAAGCGGAUUGUGAGAUCUUAAAGCCUGGAAGUUACUGCUUAUUGGCAAUAAGGCUACCAUAAAAACUUGUUACUAUGUUGAUCGGGAAUUGAACCGAAGACCUUCGAGCUUGUACUGUUACACUAAUGAAUUUGUCGAGUGUGAGCAUAUAUAUUCCACGACGGUGUGUCGCCGCCAAAGGAUAUUUUCGGACUAGGGAUCGACGAUUCAACGGUGUCAUGUUAGAAGUUGUAUAUAAGCGUCGCGCUGUGCAAACUUCGUUAGCGCGUUUUAGGACUGCACCGAACGAUGUGCGCGCCAUCUGUUGGCUAUGGGCGGAACUAACUGAUCAACUAGUUGAAUCUGCCACAGGUAUUUUAAAAAAAAAAAACAGGGUAGUCUUAUUGCUAUGGAAUAACAUUAUAUUCCAAGCAAUUUUAAAGGUAGUCGGAGUCUCAUAGUAACGCCAUCUGUCGAGUCAUGUUAGCUCAAAUAAGUUGAAACUCUAAAAUGAUCUCUAAAAGUGUGUCAUUGAUUUUCUUGGUGCAAUCAUUGAGUGUUGCCAUAUUAUUUUAUUAUUAUUUUUUAAUAAUAAACAUUUUUAUUUUACGCACUUAGGGUGCGAGUGGAUUUGUUUGAAGAAGUACAUACAUACAUAAACUCACGCCUAUUUCCCACCGGGGUAAGCAGAGACUAUGGAAUUCCAUUUGCUUCGAUCCCGACACACUUCUCUUGCUUCCUCCACAUUCAUCAAUCGUUUCAUACACGCACGCCAGUUCAGAGAUCGUACUGAACCUUUUCUAAUGACAUCUCAAAAUUAUGGAGUAUUCCUUACGCCCUACGCCCAUUACAGAUAACAUCUGACUCUGCCCACACCUGUAGGGAUAUGGCGUGACUUUAUGUAUGAACUUUUUCCAACGAUCCCAUUUAAUUUUAAUUGAAGUUGUUUUGGUAACAAUGAAUGUUGUUCCUUUUUAUAUUAUAAAAUAAAAUAUUAGAAUAAUUGUUUUAUGUUGUUAGCAUAAUUAGAUUUUAUUGUUAAAUAUAAAGCUGAUUAGGAUUUUUAUUUGUUUUCAAAUAGUUUCAAAACAUUUGUGGCUAGGGAUCGACGGUCCAUAGGUGUUACGUUGGAAGUUGUAAAUGUGCGUUGCGCUGUGACAACUUCGUUAGCGCGUUCUAGGCCAUCUGCGCUGUGUAACGAGCGCCAUCUGUGUUGUAUGGGCAGAACUAGCUAGUCAUCUAGUUGGGUUCUCCACACAUUAAGCCAAAAAAGACAUCGCUCUACUAGAUUCAUAAUAAAGACGAAAUCCUAGUCAGCUAACUAUGCAUUAAAUUAAUAUUAAGAAUUUAUGUUUUGUUAUGGAAUUGAUGUAUUUUUAAGUUAAGAAGAUAAUUAUUUUAUUGAAAAGUUUAAAAUUUGUAAGGUUUUGUCAAGUUAAGAUUGGGGGUCAACAUACAUUACAAAAUUGCUAUUGGACUUUUAGUUAAUUUAUGUAGUUCCAACAUGUAUUUUGACUCGUACAAGCUUGUGACUAAGUUCAGACCAACAAUUUGUAUACAGUUAUAGUGGUGUGAAGUUAGUCACUAGUUUUUCCAAGUGUCAAAUUUACAUCUCCCAACAUAGAGUUACACGAACAGCCUUCCCAUUGGCAGUUUUAAAUUUCAUCCUUAAUUUCCACAUUUAUUUUGACACGUGCAAGAUUAUGACUAACUUCAGACCAACAAUUUGUAUACAAUUAUAGCGGUGUGAAGUUAGACCCUAGUAUGGUGUUAAAUUUAUAUCUGUCAUAAACAGCCUUCCCAUUCGAAAUUCAGUCUUAACUUGUCAAAAGAAUGUUUCUUAAAACAUUUAUUUUAUUGGUGAUUUCGUGUUUCUAGUCUAAAUUCUUUCGUUUAAUUACUGUUUUGCUGAAGUUGGGUUUAUGAUAAGACGGGAAAACUAGUCCUAUUAUAUUACAAUUUAGAAAUUAUUCUUCGUAUAUAAUCAAAUAGACUACUAAUCUUUGUAAAAAAAGUCCGCGGCGCGGCGCAUCUGGUCACUAAGCGAAGGUGUCAAGAUCGAAUUCAGUCGCAAUGGGCGUAAGAAUGACCUUUAUUUUAACAAUCAUAACAUCUUAAUUUGAGGGACCGAACGUACUAUCUACAAAACAUAAUGUAUACGUACUUACAACACGGUUCGGACGCUUUUUUAGAAAAAAUCUUAGCAUCUGUGAGUCUAUUUGUUUAUAGGAUGUCAGUGUCUGCAAGGAAAUGAAAUAGCCGUUGCACAAAGCAGCACUAGUGCCAUUUAAAAAAAACGUAACACCUUUUUGGCGGCAAUGUAGAAUAUUUCUAAAUUGUAAUAAGCUAAUGUUUAUGGUAACAUUAUUUUUGACCGGAAGCUAAAGAAGAGCGUUGUUUAAAGCGAUAACAUGAAAUUCUUAAAAAAAAUCGAUAUACAAAAAACUACUUUCAUUUAAAUAAUAAUAACUACCUUUUGAUGCAAAUCGUGACAAAUCGAAUGUUUCUUCAAAUACGCUCUUCUUGCCUAUGCAGAGUUCACUUAUUUCCAAAUAUGUAUGCUCAAUAUGAAAGUUAUAUUUUUGUUCAUAAAAUCCGAUAGAUAGGUAAAUUUUUGAAAAUCUAGAUAAUUCUCUUGCCAUAAUGAAUAUUAUAUUUAAUGUAAGGGAUUUGAUGAAUAUAUUGGCAUGGUUACAAUGUUACAAGUUCGAAUAUUUAUUAAAUAAUGCCCUACUAAUACUGGUUAUUAAUCAAAAAUGAAUCUGUAAAAAUCUUGAAAAAAGAACGAUAAUUUAUUUUAAAAAACCUUUUGACAUAUUUUUGGCGCCACUAUCUCAAAUAGUGAUUUUAUUAUCUGUGAAUUUAAGAGCUGUACAUUUUUUUUUCAUCAAAUAUCUGUAACAAAACUAGGCAAUGGCUAACAUUGACACUGCCAAUGUAUUCGUCAGGAGUAAAGUAAGCUAAGUUUUGGCCAAGCCCUAAAUUUUUAAGUGGAUGUACAACUGUACAUAUUUGAUUGUGAUGCAAAUAAAAAUGCGAUUUUCUGACAUUUAAA